AUGGCGAAGUCGGGCUGGAGGCUGGCUGGUAGCGGCGCGUUGGUGGUGCGGGCAUUUGAGGUGGUAGUCUGGGCAGUAGGUAUUCCCAAUCUUGCAUUGUUCUGCAACCGGAACCCCGGAAACCCCGGGAUGCGACUUCUCGCCAUUGCUCUUCAUGAAUAUGAUACAGACUGGUCGGGGAUUUUAUUUCCCGCCUCUGUUGGAUUUGAGGAUGAUGAUCGUAUCUCGUCUCCAGAAGCUGGUUACUUGGAUACAGCUCGUACGAUUAAAAAAAACCCACCAGCAAUCGUAAUCGUUCUCUCAUCAAGCAGUGAGACAACUGACACGAAUGCAAACCUGAAAGUGGCCGGGGAGAGGGGUGGGACUGCACGCGCACAUUCCACACCCGAGAACGGUUGCGAAGUGGUGUGUUAG